AUGUCUCCUAGUCCUAGCACCCUUGUUGAUAAUGUUCUUUACUGGCCGUCUACCUAUGGGCGAGACAACAUACUUCAAUUUGAUUUGGACAGUCAGAACCUUGAGGUGAUCAGAGGGCCUCGCUGUAUGAAUAAUAGGUUCAUCGACCACUUUCAGAUCAUCCAGGCAGAGGAUGGUGUUGUUGGUCUCAUCGUGUUGUCUUGCCAUAACCUUCAAAUGUGGAAAAGAAAGGUGGACAGUAAGGGUGUUGCCAUCUGGUUGAGGCAGAAGACGGUUGCGUUGCGUAACAUUCUUGAGCUCCCUCCUAAGAUUAGGAAAAGUAGGGAACUGCAUGGAAAAUUUGUUGGUCACGAUGAGGACAACAAUGCAGUGUUUUUAUAUAUCGACGGCAAUGUCUAUAUGGUUCAACUCAAGUCAAUGCAAUCCAAGAAACUCAAGGGGAUUGGUUCUGCUAGUUACUGUUAUCCUUUCACAAGUUUCUAUCCACCAAGCACAACUAUUACUGCUGAAUAUGGAGCUAAAAUGUUAGGAUGA